CCAGAGACAGUGUCCGUUGGGAGUACCAAGAUGAGAAGUAAGGAGUGGGGUGGCAAUGAGAGGGUGCGGGCACAAGAGCCAGGUGAUGGGACACCAGGACUGACCAUGAGGAGGGAGAUCGGGCUGUGGAGUGCCGUGUCUUUCAGUGCUGGCUGUAUGAUCGGCUCUGGCAUCUUCAUGUCACCACAGGGGGUCUUGGUUCACAUGGGCAGCCCAGGAGGCAGUCUUGUGGUGUGGGCAGUCUGUGGUCUCCUGACCAUGCUGGGUGCCUUGUGCUUUGCUGAGAUGGGGGCUGUGAUUCCCGAAUCCGGAGGAGAAUAUGCCUAUAUCUUACGGACCUUUGGCUCUUUGCCAGGCUUCCUGGUAGCCUACACUUAUGUGCUAGUGGGGAGACCAGCCGCCAUCGCUGCUGGCUCUCUGAGUUUUGCUGAGUAUACCCUAGCUCCCUUCUACUCUGGCUGCACCUCACUGCCCCAGGUCGCAGUCAAGAGCGCGGCUGCCUCCUGCAUCCUGAUGCUAAUGCUGGUCAACAUGUGGAGCUCUCGGCUGGCCACUGUCCUGAUGAAUGUGUGCACAGCUGCCAAGGUGUUCUCGUUGCUGGUCAUCGUGGUAGGUGGGGCUGUGGUGCUGGGCCAAGGUCAUGGCCGAACUGAAGUUUUCCUGUCUGCCUUCCAAAACACAACACUGCAGGCAGGGAGCAUCGGCAUGGCUUUCUACCAGGGACUGUGGUCCUUUGAAGGUUGGGGAAGCAUCAACUUUGUGACAGAGGAACUAAAGAACCCAAAGCGAAACCUGUUGUGGGCAGUGAUGAUCGCCAUUCCUAUGGUCACCAGCUUGUACCUCUUGGUCAAUAUCAGUUACCUGCUGGUGCUUUCGCCCAGUGAGAUCCUCUCCUCUAAGGCGAUGGCUGUGGUCUGGGGGAAACAGGUUCUGGGGUCCUGGGCCUGGCUGAUGCCUGUAGCUGUUGCCCUUUCGACAUUUGGUUCUGUCAAUGGGACAUUCUUCAGUGGCAGUCGUGUGUGCUUCGCAGCUGCAAGAGAGGGCCAUAUGCCCCAUCUGCUGUCCAUGCUUCAUGUGUAUCACCUGACACCUGCUCCAGCCCUGAUGUUCACCGCAGUUGUGGCCUUGAUCUUGAUCAUCCCAGGAGAAUUCAGCACAAUAGUGAACCUCUUGAGCUUCAUAUCCUGGAUCAUCUAUGGAACCACCAUUAGCUGUCUCUUGUACUUGAGGAUAAAGACAAAGAAUCUUUCCCGAACUUACAAGGUUCCCACCGCCAUCCCUGUCAUCAUGCUUCUGGCUUCUCUAUUCCUGGUGCUGGCACCCAUCAUCGACCAUCCCCAGAUGGAGUUGUUGUAUAUCUUCCUGUUCCUGCUCAGUGGUAUCCCGGUGUAUUUCCUGCUUAUCUACUUCCAGUGCCAGCCCAAGUGUUUGCAGGAGACCACCUUGCAUCUCCAGCUGCUUUUUGAAGUUGCUCCGACCACAAAAGAUUGCUGA